AUUUUCCUCUCCAGUUUGACAGAAAUGCGUAUCGGGUGAGUGUGUACUGCGAUGGAUUGACUGUCGUUGCAAGUUAAAAACACAGCAGAUUUGGUUCAUUUAGCGUUUGAUUUUACUAGGCGACCGUGCGGAGGUGGUCAUCGCGGGCGAGAUUCCUAAACGACUAAGCAGUGCUAUAUGAUCCCGUUUUAAGUGGAGAACAGCGAGAGAAGGAGAAAUUGGAAUUACGAGGAGUGCAAUAUGGGUAUAUCGUGUAUUAUCGAAGGGCUGUGCAGUGAAUGAAUAACUAGCAAGAGAGAGGUUCGUUCGCCAUGGUGGGAGAUACAGGUUUCAACAAAAACAUGAAGGGGAACUGCGUAGCCCGGGCGUUGUACGACAACGUGGCCGAGUCGCCAGAUGAACUCGCCUUCAGGAGGAGUGACAUCCUGACUGUAUUAGAGCAAAACACAGCAGGCCUGGAGGGCUGGUGGCUUUGCUCCCUCCGAGGACGACAGGGGAUAUGUCCAGGUAACCGUCUGCGAAUUAUGCCUGGUUUAUAUGACACAGGCAGUGGUGUCACAUCUAUUGCAGCUCUCUCGUCUCCACAUGGGACAUCAUCAUCAAAUGUAUCUCUUAAGAGCUCUCCAAGUGCUACUACAACUCCCAGACCUCAGCGACCACUUUCUAACAAGGUUAUUACUCCUAGACGUGUGGGAGAUGUGUACACUUACGAUACACCACGUUCAUUAACUCACAACACACAGUCCGCACAAAUGGAUUAUGAUGUCCCUCCUACACGGCAUUCUCCACUUGAGGGAGGAGGAACUCGCUUGUCAAGGAGUAGCAGCUUGCGCUAUGAUUCUCCACGGCCUCACAUAAGGUCUUCAUUGGAUCAGUAUGAUGUUCCACGUUCCCAGUAUGAUACACCAAAAGUUCGACCACUGUAUGAUUCUCCACGCCCUCAGCAACACUAUGAUUCCCCAAAAUCUCAUCUUGAAGGCCAGCGGUCAAAUACUGCUCCUCGUAGUCUUAUCAAAGGUGUUCGUGGGGGUGCCCCAUCCUCAGUAACAGUGAGUAGUGACAACCAGCAGGAAUAUGACAUACCAAGACCUACUAAUACCAAUCAAGAAGGUCAUUAUGACAUGCCUCCAAGUGACAGGUCUAGUGGUGUGUCUGUUAUGUCUUGUGAAUCAUCUCAGCUAUCUGCUUCAUCAUCUGCUUCUUCCCUGGCAGCAUCAGAAUCCCUGUCACUGUCCUCUUUAGGUGGUUCUUCCAAUCGUUCUAGUUUAGAAUCACAUGAUGUUUAUGACAUUCCACCUGAGCCACGCAGAGUCAUUGGGUCUCAGAGACCAAAACUUCCACCACGUGAAGCCAAAGACAAUACAAAAGAUGCAUAUGAUGUACCCAGGCCUACACUUUCUACAGGGCUUGAAACAUAUGACACUCCACCAUCAAGGAUUCCUCAGACCCUCCCAUUCAAGGUAGGGGAUGCUGUGUAUGAUGUCCCACCUCAGGUUAGUAGAGAUGUUUGCCAGCCAGAUUCAGUGGAUGGUACACCAAAUAGAUUAUCCUCAGGGUCUGACUCCUCAGGAGGGGAUGGUGAUUUAUGUGCUGGUAAAGAACUUCCUUUGGAAUAUGAUUCUGCACUUGAUACUCUAGCAAAACACCAGCAAGAAGUAUAUGGAGCUAUUGAGAAACUCACAGCACUACACCAAGGUGGAUCUUGGCGAACAAAAGAAACAGUGGAAGAGAGGGAAAGCGAGAUGAAAAUUGCCGUGUAUCGAUUACGGCAGAGUGUUCAAGACAUUUUGGAAUUUGGUCAAGGAUCAAGUGUUAAUGCUGCACGAAAUGGGGAAAGAGGCCUUGCACGCCGUUUGUUGCGUUUAAUGGAACCUUUGAAUAAAUCUACUGCCAUAAUUGAAGAUUCUUGGACAAGAUUACAGAGUGGUGGAUGGAAGCAGUCUUUAGCAUCUCGCACUAACCCAGAAAAUCUGAAUCAGCUUGUUGCUAUACUUCAUAGUUUAGGAGAUGAUGUUCGCCUUCUUACUACAGCAAUCCAAGCAAAAGCCUCGCUGAUAUUUAAGAGGUCUCCAAGCCUUGAUCAGACUGACAAUUCACGUCAGCAGCCAGCUGAUGAUGACGAAAAAACUCCCGUGCAGGAGCGCCCUUUACCAGGUCUUCCAGAUAAAAAGCCAUUUGAAAACAUGUACGAAAAUGAUACUCGCACAUGGCUUGAAGAUUAUGAUUAUGUCAAUUUGGAAACAAGAGAAGCUGUUGAACGAGAACAUGAGGAAAUUAAACGAGAAUUGCCAGCCCAGUUGCGCAAGUCUUUCGACAAUUUAGUAAAGCAGUCUCAAUUGAUUGUAGAUAGUGAUCAUGAAAAAGUCUUACGCAAGAACGACACAACCUCCAACACUAUAUCUACAACAACUGGUAAACGAACGAGUCACGUCUUGGAUCCAAACGAUCGGCAAGUUGUGGCCUUUUAUGGAAAUCAAGCCGAAGUUCAUUUACAGCACCUCAAUAAUGCUAUAGAUGCUUUCUUACUUACUGUUGAAAAUAAUCAGCCACCUAAGGUUUUUAUAGCACACUCCAAAUUUGUUAUUUUGAAUGCACACAAGUUGGUUUAUAUCGGCGACACAGUUCAUCGGAAUAUAGUAAAUGCUGAUUUGAGGACCAGAGUUUUAAAUUGUUCCAAUGCUCUUUGUGAUGCAAUGAAAAAUACUGUAGCAGCAGCAAAAACGGCAGCUCUGCAGUUUCCAUCAGUUGUUGCUGUACAGGCAAUGGUAGAUGCAUUUGUAGCAGUCUCACAUUUAGCUAAUAAUUUGAAACAAGCAGUAUUAGCCAAUCCAGUGUAGGACAUUUGCCUGAAGAACAGAACUUUCAUGUCAUACUAGUUGUGUAAUGCAGAGUUUAGAGAAAUACCUCUAGAUGACCCCUUAAGUAAGUUGUCUUUGGUGCUAUGUACAGGAAUAGAGGAAAAGGACAGUUAAUUAUAGAUUUCCUCAUGAUGACAGCUGGAUUCAGAAAACUUGCAAAACCUCACAUUAACAUGCUUCACGUGGUAUAACAAAGCAAGUUAAGCGUUCAUGAGAAAUCUGUGCAUUUUAGUGACGAGUUUUUAAAAUUUAACAAGGUGAAAUAUUUUAAUCUGCUCCAUUACAGUAAACAUUCCUAUAAUGUGUAUUGUAUUGUAUAUAUGUUUCAUUUUAAUAUAUUUAUUUUGAGAAAAUUUCAUUAAAAUCAAAUUUUAUUUGCAGAUUGCAAUACAGUGGUUAAAUAGAUUGUAACAAAUUGGUUAUCAACAUUGGAUUAGAAUAUAACUGUUGGAAGUCAGUACUGCUCAUUGUUUUCCCAAAUGUUGAAAUCUUUUGCUGAUACAGAUUAGCAGUAUAGGUCUGAAUUUACUAACCAAUUAAUUUUAAUCAGAGCUUGAAUUGCCAAGGAAAGAUAAUAAAUAGACAUUGAUGUCAGUUCCUAUUUAAUAAGUCAAAUUGUGUUAUUCAUUGGAUGCUUUUGUCAUUAUUAUCCUUAAGGAUCCCUUUUAGGAGAAAGAGAACUUUGUGUCAGCCCUGCCCUUAUCAUCUUAAUCUAUUAAUAAUCUUUAGCAAGGAAAUACUGUUCAUAGUGAACUUUGUUUUAUUGUUUUUAUGGUUUGCACCUUCAAAGGACUGUGCACUUAUUUCAGAUUCCACUCAGUUGUCUUGUCCUCAGUCAGGUUGAACUUCAAUUGUGUUUUCUUAGUAAAAGUUUUGCUUCCUUAUACCAGGUAAAAGAAAAGUCAAGUUUAGAUUCUUAUAAUUAUAUUUAUUACAGGAUUGCAGUCAAAUAGGAAGUGUAAAUUGUAUGAUCUCUGUUUGUAAAUAAUAACUUGGUUACAUUUAAGUUAAAGGUCAAACCUUCCAUAGAAUGUAGAGCACUAUCUUGCUGAAAAAUAAUCUGUUGAAUUAUGCUGUCAAUUAUGCAACACCUGUCUUUGUAUUUUGAUUUUGUAAUAGUACAUGUAGUGAAGCCACAUACGAUACAGGGCAGUGAUUAUAAUUUUUUUUUUUCUGAAAAGCUUUGUCUUUAAAUUGUAAUCUAUCUUCUGUGUCUGCUUCUGUUAUUUGAUAUUUUUAAUUUUUCCUUGCAGUUUCUAGAUAGUUAUAUAUGCUAGAGCAUUAUUGAAGACAUUACAAUAAUAUGAUCUGAAAAACCUGUAAUGUUCUUUUAUUUUUACUGCUUAUUUUGUCAUAUCUGCCGGUAGGGGUUCUUGUACUGUGCCAAUGUACUGUAUUACGUAAAGGAUGUAUAAUUUUCUUUUUUGUAAGGACUGUAUGGAAGAAUUGAGAAAAGUAUUAGACAGACUUUUUGAGUUGUGAUAUUGUUGUGCAGCUUGGACUCUGUUUACAGUAAUUGUUAAAAAAUUGUGUAGGUAACUAUGUACUAAUGUAAAGCAUAUUCAACAUAUCAGGCUACUGUAUAUACAUGUAUGUGUAUACUUAACUGCCAUCACCAAUCUCCCCUUUGGGCAGAUCAGUGAAUCUAAUAGCUUCGUUCGUUUCUCUUUUUGAGCUCUUUGCUUUGUUCCAAAUUACACCACUAACUUCAGUUCAGACAUACUUCCCUGAAGUAAGUACCUACUCUUAUUUCAUUUUUAAUUUUUUUCAUGACUAGUUUAUGUUACUGUAUUAUUGUAAAUAUUGUUCAUUGGCUGUGAUUUGAUGCAUCACCUAAUAUUUGCAACCUGUCUGGUAGUUUCUCUAACAUGGUUGUUAAUGACUUUAAGAACCCUUACCAAACCUCUUAAACAAUUAUCCCUUGAAAUUUCUUCCAUGGCCUGCUGCUUAAUAUGAAAGUAGUUUUGGGGUUGCUGGUCUCACCUGUGCUUUUUUAUACAGAUUUAAUUCAGAAUCACAUCUGUAACAAAAAACUUUUGACCUAAAUGUAAAUGUAGCUUAUGCAUGUAAUCUUUCCUAUGGUUUUCUCUUGAGACUAUCAUCAUACCAAGUUAAAGUUUUCUUCUUUCACGAAGCUGGUCUGUCACUUCAUACAGUAUUUGCCCCCCCUUGCUUCCUCCCUCUUUUCUGUGAAAAAAAUAUUCUUUCAUCCUUAAAGGUUACGACAUAUUCAGUUUACAAAGCCCUGCUAAAAUCUGAACAAUACUGUGUAUGGAUUUUCAGUUCAUUGUAAGACCUUCAGUAAGUAUCCUUUACUCCUUGUUAUUGCUUGUGCAGUAUUCCUGACUAACAACAUAAUUCUGUACAUGCUAAAAUGUGCAGUGCUGCCUUGGUAACAAGUACUCUUCCAUAUUAUAUUGUAAUCCCUUUGGCCAUAAAUGAUUUUGAAAACUUUUAAACUACCUAAAGCCAGUGUCAUCUCCUGAAAGUCCAUUGCUGCAAUAAUUUUUUUCUCUCUUCUCUCUCUCUCUCUCUCUCUCUCUC